GAGCCCGUUGGUCCAGUCCGGUCCGGCCGAGUGCGCAGGAUGGCGGGCGUGGAGACAGCCGCCGAACACGAACGGAUCCUGCGGGAGAUCGAAAGCACCGACACCAACUGUAUCGGCCCGACCCUCCGGUCAGUGUACGAUGGUCACGAGCAUGGCCUGUUUAUGGAGAAGCUGGACGGAAGAAUCCGGAACCACGACAGAGAGAUCGAGAAGAUGUGCAACCAUCACUUCCAGGGCUUCGUUGACUCCAUUACAGAGCUGCUGAAAGUACGAGGAGAGGCCCAGAAACUCAAGAGUCAGGUGAUAGAGACCAACAGACGUCUCCAGGAUGACAGCAGAGAGCUCCUCAGCUGCACGGAUGAGUUGCGACAGUGUCGCCUGCAACAGAGGAACAUUGCUGUCACCAUAGACAAACUAGCACACUGUCUGCCAGUCCUGGAAAUGUACAGCAAACUACAGGAGCAGAUGAGGGCCAAAAGGUACUACCCAGCAUUGAGGACCUUAGAGCAGCUGGAACACACCUGUAUGCCCAGAGCUGGCCAGUAUCGCUUCUGCUCCAUCAUGGCCGAUAACAUCCCCAAACUAAGGAUCCACAUCCGAGACACGGCCAUGACGCAACUCCGUGACUUCCUGGAGAGCAUCCGCAAACACUCUGACAAGAUAGGAGAGACCGCCAUCAAACAGGCCCAACUGCAGCGCUCCUUGGACAGUUCUGUCUCCGUGCAAUCGAGGGCCCUGAUUGGCCGACGCACCAGGAAGGAGACGAUGGUUGGGACUGGGAAAGAGAGUGACAGACAGGGCAGCAGCCCAUUGUCAGAACAAGACUUUGGGAUUCUGGAUGUGGAGGAUGAGGAGGAAGAUGAGGUUCCAGGUGCCCAUGAGCUGGUGGAUUUCUCUCCGGUAUAUGGCUGUCUGCACAUCUACACUGUCUUGGGUUUGCGUGAUGUGUUUGAGAACUACUACAGAAAGGAGAGGAGGAAACAGGCUCGCCUUGUACUACAACCCCACUCUAACAUGCAUGAAACUCUAGAAGGAUACAGGCACUACUUCAAUCAGAUAGUUGGGUUCUUUGUGGUGGAGGAUCAUGUCCUCCACACAACCCAGGGUUUGGUCAACAGAGCCUACGUAGAGGAGCUGUGGGAGCUGGCACUGUCCAAGACCAUCGCUGCACUGAGAACACACUCUUCUUACUGUGAUGACCCUGACCUGGUGUUGGAUCUGAAGAACCUUAUUGUCCUUUUUGCUGAUACCCUACAGGGUUACGGUUUCCCAGUGUCUCAGCUGUUUGAUAUGCUGUUGGAGAUGAGGGAGCAAUAUGGAGAGAUCCUACUAAAGAGGUGGAACAUCACCUUCAGGCAGAUACUGGACCAGGACAACUACAGUCCUAUCCCUGUGGCAACAGAAGAGGAGUACAAACACUACACUUCCCAGUUCCCCCUGCAAGAUCCUGAACUGGACAAGCUGCCCUUCCCGAAGAAGCUGCCGUUCUCAGAGUUUGUCCCCAAAGCCUACUGUCAGCUCAAAGAGUUUAUCUACGCCUGUCUCAAGUACUCUGAGGACCUGCACCUCAGUUCCACAGAGGUAGAUGACAUGAUCCGAAAAUCCACCAACCUGCUCCUGACGAGGACCCUCAGUCACUGUCUGCAGUAUGCCAUCAAGAAGAAGAAUGUUGGCCUGGCAGAGUUGGUGCAGGUGAUCAUCAACACCACCCAUCUGGAGCAGGCCUGCCACUACCUAGAGGAGUUUAUAUCAAACAUCACCAACGUCCCCCCUGACACGGUCAAUGCUACUAAGUUGUAUGGGACUUCUACUUUCAAGGAUGCUCGCCAUGCAGCAGAGGCAGAGAUCUACACUAAUCUGAACACCAAAAUCGACCAGUUCCUGCAGCUGGCUGAUUACGAUUGGACGACCCCGGGGCAGGGAGGUGGGACUCCAAGUGACUACCUGACUGACCUGAUCGCUUUCCUGAAGAGCACCUUCAGUGUAUUCACCAACCUGCCUGGGAUGCCCGUAGAGCAUGCUACUUUACCGGGUAAGGUAGCUCAGACGGCGUGCAUGUCUGCCUGUAAACACAUCUCCACGUCACUGCUGCAGCUGCUGUUGGACCCAGAGGUCAGGCAGAUCUCCAUCGGGGCUCUGCACCAGCUCAACGCCGACAUCAGGGAGUGUGAGAGUUUUGCCAGAGCCGGCCCGGUCGCAGGCUUCCAGGGUGACACGUUGCUUCUGGCCUUCAGUGACUUAAGACAAUUAUUGGACCUGUUUGUCCAGUGGGACUGGUCUACCUACCUGGCGGAUUACGGCAGACCCACCUGUAAAUAUCUGAGAGUCAACCCACACACUGCACUGGCCCUGCUGGAGAAGAUGAGGGAGACGGGGAGGAAGAACAACAUGUUUGCUCAGUUCAGGAAGACAGACAGAGACAGACAGAAGCUCCUCGACGCCGUCCUCAAGCAGCUACGCAACCUCAUCGCUCAGCACCACGCCUAGAACGACCACUCUGAUUGGUUCAGCGGCUUAGAACAGACGGUCUCAUUGGCUGAUUUAAGCAACGCAUAUACUGUAGCAUGUGGUGUUCACGGGUCACGCAGCUGAUCUGGCUGGACAGCUCACAUGUUAAAACCACUGCCACCGGCCAAUUUAUGCAACCCUGGCUGAGGUUACACAAGCUUAAACAACCAAUGUCCUUUGGAUGAUGAUACUAAAACAUGCAGUCUGAUUGGUUAAUUAGAUUUUUUUAUUUUUUAUUUUUGGAUAGGUAGUAGUCUGAAAAUAACAAUCCCGUUCUCUAUAGAGUUAAAUAUUCCUUGUUUUCGAUAUCUUUUCAGGCAUUCAGCAUGGUUUUGUUGAAAUGUGGUUGGAUCCUCGUGGGCCCAGUUCAGCUCAGUAAGACUGAGACGCCAUUAAACCUCGACCUGAGUUGUUGGUUAGUGCAGCAUUUUCUCCAGCCAUCUGAUUUGAGCCACACUAUCACACUUCCUUAAGAUGACAAAGGAAGAAAAAAAACGAGUCCUCUUACAUCCCAUUGGUUGUGCAAUGUUGUUCUCAUCUCUACCCAAAAGAAACAAACUGAGCCUGGUCAUUGGAAGAAGUGGAAGUAGAGAAACUCUAUAAUUAUGUUGGUACCUGCAUGUUCGCCUCCACCCACGGGGGCUGAAGCAAGCAAUUUUACCUGCUGAAAACUAGAAGUUAAGGUUUGUUUUUGUUUUUUUUUGUCCUCAUCUAGUUGCCAACUCUGCCCAUCUGUGGCCUUGGGUUUGAUUUGCUCUUAACCUUUAUUCAUGACAACAGCAAGCGUGAACGUUUCUGACCUGAGGAGGGGGCAGUUAUGUCGUCGGAAGAAAUUAUGUCACGCUUAACUAUCAAUAAUGGAUGGUUUUACAAAUAAUAAAACUAUCAUAACUGUAAGUGAACAAGAUAAACAUGUUUAAAAAAAUCGUAUAGAAGAUUAUAAAAUUUUAAAAAUGGCUAGGAGUGGAGGGGAAACAACGGGCUGGCUGUAUUUUCCCUCUCGAAGUGUCCCAGGGAAGCAUGGUCAUCUAGAAGUUGACCAUGGAUGGCACCGUGUUCGUGUCCAUUUUUCAACAUAAUCAGAAUCAGAAUAUUUUAUUUAUCCCUCGAGGCCUUAGAGAUCCCCAGGUCCUCUCCUCAUUCGUCCCAUUUGCUUAGAAAUCAGCAAAUUUCCAUUUCCCCGGCUGUCAUUCGUUUGUUUUUUCCUCCACCCGACACUCUUUCAAUGUUGCUGCUGUUGUUGAUGGAUGAAAGGGUUUUUGUCAGGCCUGGGUGGAUUGCUGCACCCUGAUACCUUUCCUACACCUUCUCAUUGGUCCACAGGUGGGGAGGUUAGCGCUAGCUGGUGGAUUUGGUCCAUGGCUUAUGAAUUAGCGUAUCAGCCGACUUCUGCAGGAAGCCAUACCUCAAUUUGAACGUCUUGUUUUGUUGUAAAAAUCUAGUUUGGUUGGUAACACAGCUCAAGUGGGGCUUGAGAAUGUGUUUUGGGUUUAUCAUCCCGUUUGGUCUUGUUGAUUAUACAUUUUUUUUCUUUCUUCAGUCUAGGUAAAUUUCAGGUAAAAUGGUGGCUGGUCAUUUUUAACAUGCACCUACCGUCAAGCCGGUGGACAAAAAGAGUCGGUUUCCUUUCCUUACCGCCUCACGUGUGCUGCUGUUUCUCUGACAGCCUGCUUUGUCUUCCAUACUUCUCUCACACAAUGCUGGAGGACGGAGAGUUUGUCACGUCAGCAUUCUUCAGUGUACCCAUGUCUUCCAUUGGCCUUCACUACAGAGGGAGUCAAAUCAGGACGCCAGAUCGCUUAACGCACUGCAAUCAAGAUAAGGGUUCGUGAAAUAGGGAUAUCGAGGAUCCCUCAUCCAACCUAUCUUAACAAGGGGGUUGUCGUCAUGGCAACCCAUUCUUUUCUUUAUACAAUCUAUUCACAGUUAAAUGGGGGAUAUUGCUUAGAUGUGGCAACCCUCUCCCCAUUUUCUAAAGCCUUGUUGCACAGACUCCGUAGGGGUUUUAAGUAGUAGAUGUUAGUCCAACAUGACAACUUAAUCCCUCAAUUCAAAUAUAAUGACGUUUAAAUUACGAGACAUCGCUCAUAUUAGGCAGCCAUCAUCCUCUUCCUAAACCCCAGAUAUACAUUGUGUUUGAGUAUGAAAGAGGGGUUGGUGUCCCAACUUGGCAACCCAUUUUAAUCUUAAUACUCAGUAACACCGCUUAAUAGUGAGUAGGACUCAAAACUGACAACCCUUCCCAACUCACGUCCACCACUUUUCUUUCCUUUAUUUUGAAGUUUGAUCUUUAAAUUCAGGGAUAAUGCUGGAAUCUGGCCACCGCUGAAAAGUUCAGAGCUCUUUGCUUGGCUGACUUGGAUGUUUAAAUUAGAAGGAUAGUCUGCUGGGAGAGAGAGCUUACACACUAAUGCCAAGGGUCUUCCAAACCACAUGCCAAGCUCUGCCUGCAUGCAUACAUGUGUGUGCACAUAUGUGCACAAUUUUAUACUCGUUUUUUUGUGCAUAUGUGCCUGCGUGCAUGCGUGCUUGCUUGCAUAUUAGGGCGCCCGUGUGGCCGCUUGUGUUCACAUGCGAGUAGAGCAGAGUUAUGAAAUAAUCACACAUGAAUGAUCUGGUUUAGUUGAAGUACACAACUGUUUACCAGUUUUUUGUUUUUGUUUUUUUUGUUUUUAAACCUAGGACGAGUCCUCCCUGUCUCACCAUGUUACUUCAUUCUUGAAUUUGGGUGCAAUAAUAACGAAAACUGCAUCAGUCGCACUGCAAAAUGCACAUGUGUGUGUUUGUAUUGGCAUAUUAUAAACAAAUUCAGACUGUGUCAAAAAGGGAAAAUUAAGUCUUCCGCUUCCUCUUUUUUGGAAAAGGGGAAGGUGUGAUCAGUCCCCGUGUUUGGUUUGAUGAUUAUGAAUAUUGUGUAUGUGUGAGUACAUAGGUGUGUGUGUGUGUGUGUGUGUGUGUGUGUGUGUGUGUGUGUGUGUGCGCGCGUUUACAGGCACUGCACAAACAUGCAUGUGCUUUCAGCUGUGUGUGUGUGCGUGUGUGUGUGUUUACAGGCACUGCACAAACGUGUGUGCUUUCAGCUGUGUGUGUGUGUGUGUGUGUGUGUGUGUGUGUGUGUGUGUGUGUGUGUGUGUGUGUGUGUUUACAGGCACUGCACAAACAUGCAUGUGCGGUCAGCUGUGUGUGUAUGUGUGUGCACGCGCAUAAGAGAGAGAGAGGGGGAAUGAGUAUGUGUAUCUAGGAUAUGUGCACAAAAAUGUGCUUUCAUGCACCUGUAAGUGGUUGUGUUAAUUUCUGUGUGUGUGUGUCUGUGUCUGUGUGUGUGUGUGUGUGUUUUCCUCCUCAGCUGUUAUUAUAUUUUGGUGUUUUAGUUAAGGAACAGGGUCGUUGUUUUUGAAUGUGCCUUUGCUGUAUUUUUCCUGCCAAUAAAGAUCAGCGUUACUGUGGUGUGUGGAACUGAUGCCGGACUGGUGAUCGAACGUCCUCGUUGCAAAGUGCCGGAGUCCAUCCUUUAACCGACCAACCUGCGUAGCACUGGUGUCGUGACAUGUGCCGUUUAGCCAACACACAUCGCUCAGCAGCAUACUUGAACAUGUUGAGGUGGAGCUGCUUACCCGGGCAGUGUCAGUGCCAUGCUCCACCUUACUGUGCUACACAGGGAAUCGAAACCCCAACCCGGGCAGCCUCAGCAUCAUGUUCUGCCUGUUGAGAUAUACAGGGAUUUGAACCCCUAACCCCUAAAUUCGUGCGCGAGUACAUUACACGCUGGUUCUUCAUAUUUCCACCCACUCUGCAACAAGCUAGCUUAAAAACGACCUAUACUCGGGGCGCCCGGGUGGCGUUGCGGUCUAUUCCGCUGCCUACCAUCACGGGGGUCUCCGGUUCGAAUCCCCGUGUUACCUCGGGCUUGGUUGGGCAUCCCUACAGGCCCAAUUGGCCGUGUCUGUGGGUGGGAAGACCAGGAGUCGCUGCACUAGCGCCUCCUCUGGUCAGUCGGGGUGCCUGUUCGGGGGUGGGGGGGGACUGGCGGGAAUAGCAUGAUCCUCCCACGCGCUACACCCCCCUGGUGAAACUCCUCACUGUCAGGUGUAAAGAAGCGGCUGGCGGCUCCACAUGUAUUGGAGGAGGCAUGUGGUAGUCUGCAGCCCUCCCCGGAUCAGCAGAGGGGGUGGAGCAGUGACCGGGACGGCUUGGUAGAGUGGGGUAAUCGGCCAAGUAUAACUGGGGAUACGGGGGGGGCAGUCUGGUUAAGUGAAUGUACUUUUCAGCAUUUGGUCAUGAGAGACGUGUAUGUUUUGGAAAGUGUCUUGCACGGGGGAACCCUUGAAAAGACCUGGUAAUCGCCAUUCAUUUUAAGUUUUAAAAAUGCCAAAAUGUACGAUCCUGAAUGGAUGUUCAGUACCCGUUUUGCUGUUGUCUCGUUUCUUAGCUGAGGUGUCUACAGUCCGGCUUGGCAGGGGCUAACACGGGCCUCUGCGGGGCGCUCGUUCUGAUGGGAUGGCGUCUGGUUGCUUUCAGCUGCGGAUUCAAUUCAGAGUUUUUGGGGGAAACUUGUCACACACGCGCCUCGCGCUCACUCGGCGUCCCACAUCCACGGCUUAGUUUCUGCUGAGCAGCUCGUCCCAUGCCUUGCUCAAGAGGACCUCGUUUGUAGUUGUGAGUGUGCGUGUGUGGGGGGUAAUUACUUGCUCAGUUUCCCUCUAUUACUGAACCACACUAGCUUAAAUUGAUAUAUACACAAACGCACAACAAGGUGAAUAUGAAUGUGUACGUGCCCCCCCUCCCCCCCCCCCCCCGGUGCUCGGGUCCUCACACCCCGGUGGUCGUUGGUGUUAUUUUGUAUGUGGAUAACUUUAUUGAGACAGAAGCACUGUACAGGCUGUUGUAUUAAACCACUAAUGGGUCAAAUGAAAGUGAUAUACUAAUAAACAUGCAAAUGCCAGCAAACAAUUAUAAAAUAAAAAUGACAAAAAGAA